AGGGGAGCGUUAUUGGACUGCACUAACAGAGACACCAGGAGAGAGAGAGAGAGAGAGAUGGCGAGUUGGCGAUGGUUGGAAGCGGCCCUUCCAUUAGGGAUAAUCGCCGGGAUGCUGUGUGUCAUGGGAAAUGCUCAGUAUUUCAUUCAUAAAUUCGCUCACGGCCGGCCAAAGCACAUCGGCAACGAUGAGUGGGACGUCGCCAUGGAGAGGCGGGACAAGAAGGUCGUCGAAAUGUUGGCAUCUUCCUCAAAUUAGACCCAAUCCCCCCAUUUUGGUAUCUAUUUUCCGCCUCUAUUUUUGUGAAUACUUCUUCGGAUCAAAUUUAGGGCUUUUAUUGAUAUCGUCCGAGUCUCAACAUAUACGAAUCGAUCUUGUGAUGGUAGGACGGUGAUAAGAAAUGUCUAGCUUCUUUAUGCACCCAAUAAUGAAAAAAAAGGGGGAAAAGUUUCAAUAUGUUUCUUUUAGUCUUACUCUCUUGCUGGGCCAUUUCACUGGUUAUAGUUUUUGGGUUGGAGUCCAAGGGUUAGAUAGAACGGAAGGGGACUUCCUUUAUGAAAAUCUUGCGUUGAGUGUCUAGUGAUUCCCUUCGGGAUAGGGCGAGUCCUAGGAUUGAUCCCUGAAAUUUUACCUGGAUGUAUAGUCACUGGCCAACUGGCAUCCUCUUUGCUUGAACUUUUCCCCAAAUCUUUAGUUCUUUUAUUAUUAUGGACUCUGGAUGUUUUCACUUCUACAGAUUAUGCUUUUAACAUCUAGGUCACAUUACCUGGCAUAGGAGAAUUUGUACUGAAGACAGUGCAUCUCAGAUUGAUGUCUUAUUUUGUGCACUAGUGCAAUUAUUAACUGAUAUGCUAACUCCUCCUCCUCAUUAUUAUCUCGAUAAAGUACAUUGAUUCUAGCUUUCUUUAAGUCUAUCGUCCAUGUUAUACUUAAGAGUUUUCACUGAGUUUUCUUUGGUCUUUCCUUAUCUUUUUUGCUACAAUUUUCUUUUUCAUUUCAUCCGCUCUCCUUGUAACUGCAUCUAUUGAUUUUUUUUUUCUCACAUAAUAAUAGUUGUGCUACUCUAAGAUGAUUAUUUGAUAAUAUCAUUUUUAAUAAUGUCUUGUCUUGUACGAUUGCAUAUCUAUUAUAUCAUUUUUAUCUCAGCUACAUUCAUAUUUUCCUGGAAAUUGGUGCCUUACUGCCUAAUAUUUCAAGCCAUAUUACAAAGUUGGCUUUAUAGCUGUCUAAUACAAUUUUAAAGUUGCAUAAAAUAUGUACCCAAUAAAAUAAGUUGCAUAAAAUGCUACAAGUGUUUUUUGAUUUAAUCAUCCUACCUUGAUUUUGUGAGGAACAUCCUCUUUAAUCUCUCUUUCCUUCUGAACAAUUGAUCUGAGAUAUUUAAAUUGAUUUAUUUUAGGAAUUAAAAAAUGGCAUCCCUAGUGUAUGAGGAUCCUUGUUUUGCAAGGGUUGGGAGAGUGUCGUCUCUAUAGACAACUUUAUCCUUAUUUUGUAUAGAAGUUGUUUAAUAUAAUUAAUUAUACAAUAACAACAAUUACAUGGCUGAAUCCUACUAAGUGGGUUAGCUACAUGAAUUCUAGUUUUGUAACCAUCUCUAUCCAUGAUCAUAUUCUUCUGUAAAGUUGUUAAGGCCUUUAUCAUGUCUAAAGAAAUACUAACAACUGGAAAAAAAUAAUGUUAGAAUAUAUUUUUCUUUCAAAUAGCAAUGAAUACACAAUAUGAAAAGACACAUGUUCCAACACAAAAGAUGUAUAAGUAACGGAACAAGUCAAAUUUACAAAACUAUGCUCAAAUAAUUCAAAUAGAAAGAAUCAGCUAUUUGUCCUAAAGUUCGACUCAAAUUGAUACAUCUUUUUGGGGAGUUAUAAAUAUAUAUACACAUAUGUGCCUGAUCCAAAAGGAUGAUUCAUUCUAAAAAACAAAAAAACCACCAAACUGCUUGUUCAUUCAUCAUGAUAGUAGAUGGUGUAGAGAAUUCAAGAGGAAAGUUGCCAAUCUGAUUGCCCUCUUGCUUUAGCAAAGUUGUUGGCACAAUGCCUCCUUACAACUGUUCCUUUGUUAUCAUGUAAUUAAUUAUCAUUUUAAUAAAACAUAAUAAAUAACUAUAAUAUAUUAUGAUAUUUCUAAGUUUUAAUAGUACAUAAUGUAAUAUAGAAAAUGAUAUUCUUAUAGAUUUUUUGUACCAAAAGUGUCACCAGAAUGAUAUGACUGACAUUUUUGCACUUAUUAUUCAAUUUACUGGAAUAUUUUUCCUCCAAUGCUUAUUUGAAUCUUUUAUACAAAAAUUUUGUUUGUAUAGCAUUACCUAUAUAAUAUAUGAUAAAUGAUAACUAAUAUGUAAUACUAACAAUAAUGAGUAUGGUAAUAAUGAUUUAUUAAUAAAAUAUGUAAAUAAGUGACAGUGGGCCAGGUCUCUUCGCUCUCUUGAAAAAAUCCAGAGAGGUGUUUAUAUAAGAUAGAGAAGCCUGUUGCCAUUCUCAAACAUGGUGAGGUGAUUGACAAGGAAAUGACAGAUAAUGGAGGACUGAUUGGGGGAGAGAAUGGUUGCCUCGGCUGGUCCAUGAGCAAUCCUGUGCCAAUAGCCAACUCUCACAGUUGACCUUGUUCUUCUUCCUUCUCUAUUUGUCCAAAUUGAGAAUUUUCUUUUGAGAGUUUUCCACUGUUAAAUUCUGUCACGACCCAAAAAUUCGGACAAUAAGCUUGCACUAUUUAUCUACUUAGGAAAAACAUUAAAUAUCCAAUAUAUAUGCUUAACAACUAAGCAAACCUUCAUGUAAAUAUGUGUGUAUAUAUAUAUUAAUAUGAAUUUACCUAAGUGGUUGUGGGGGGUUUUAUUACUUGAUAUAAGUUUGUAUAUUUAUAUACAUAAAGGAUCUUAACAAGUUGUUGUCUGCAUGUGCUUGUAAAAGCAAUGACACAAGUUGCUAGAGGAUUUUAACUUUGCAUGCUCCAUUAUAUAUAUUAUAAAUAUUUAUUAUAGUUAAUUUUAUUUUCAUCUUAUGAGAAUACAAACUUAGGUGCAUAAGUGUGUAUAUAUAUUUGGAUAUUUAUUAUUAUUUUUUCCUUUCCAUGAAGGAACACAUUAAAUAAUUUUGCAUGUAAAUGUUUGGAUUUGAUUUCCAAAUUUAGAUAAAUAACCAAAUAAACAGAAAUAUUAAUAAAAUAAAUAAUAAAUAGUGCAAGCUUAUUGUCCAAAUGUUUGGGUUGUGACAAAAUUCUCUCUGCUCUCUACUUAUUCUUCCCCAAUUCUCUUUCCCCUUGCUGUCACGGCCAGGAUCAGCUAGUUAUUUUAUUUUUUUGCAGAUUAUGUUAUUUUGCAGGAGUUAGUUAUUGUUUUUAUUUUCAGAUUAUUGUUGGUUAUGGAGUGACAUAGGAGUAGUUAUUUGUAGUGGGGGAGUGGUAACUGCUUUGCAAAAUCAGUUGGAUAGAUUUAUAUAUAAAGCUAUAUCCCCGUUGCCAAGGGAAAUGAAUGAUCAGAAAGUAAAAGUUCUUCCUUUUCUCUACAAUUCUCCCAUACUUUCUCUUGGUUUCUCCAUGUUUCUCCUCCAUUUCUCUCUGUCUCACCCUCAUUCUGUGUGUUUCUCCCUCAUUUCUAUCUCUAUUUCUCAUACCCUUUCAAUUAUAUCUUAGAAGUAAAUAUGGUUAGGAUCGGGUUCCUGACAAAUUGGUAUCAAAGCCACUGGUUCUUGGCUGUGAUCUAGGAGAUUCUGAUCAGACUUUGAAGGCGAGCAGAACAAGGCAGUUUUUGGAAGCAGUUUCAGAGGCAAUUACCUCUUAUUGGAAGCAGUUACUUUUUGCUGUUCAGAGUGAAGUUAGAAGAAUUGACUGCAGAAAUGGCAGAAGGGACCUGUACAAAGUAGAUGGAGGCGAGGUUGGAUGCCAUGGAGUUGGGUUUGUGGCAGACUCAAGAGGAUAUGGGUUGUUGCUGGGAAGAGAAUACUGCCACCAGAGAUGCUGUGCAGUCAUUGGAAAAAGAAGUUGCUAACAUUGGCCAGAGGUUGGAUGGACUUCUGAGAUGUUUUCUAAAAUGCCUCGGCCACCCUGCUGGAGGACUUUCCUCCAAGAACCAUUUCAGAGCCGAUCUUGACAAGAGCAGGCAUCCCUCCUCAUGCUUCUAUGUUGCAGGAAGUUGAGGAACGACCUGAACUAGAUCAGGCAGUCCAGGUAAGGGGAUUUUAUCAAAAUCACCAACACACACCUAUACCUAGGCUGGAAGUCCCUAGGUUUGAAGGUCUUAAACCAAGGUGAUGGGUUAGGAGGUGUGAAAGAUUAUUCCAAUACUACAAUGUGGCUGAAAGUCAGAAAAUAAACCUGGCAACAGCCUAUUUCAAUGACAUGGCUGAUGCAUGGUUUCAAGGUUGGAACAAAGUGAGGGUUGAGACCAAUUGGACAGAAUUUGUGGAAGAUUUUCGUGUUAGGUUUGACGAGAAAUCAGUGACGGAUAUAAUUGAGGAGUUUAAUAAGUUGAAGCAGGAAGGAUCGUUGAUAGAAUACCAAGUCUGUUUUGAAGAAUUGAGGUCUUUAAUGAUGAAUGCACAUCCUGCCUUGACUGAGCAUUAUUUUGUUUCUAGCUUUGUCAGUGGAUUAAAUGAUGAAUUGAGGCCAAUUGUUAAGAUGAUGCAGCCUGCAACUGUUCAGCAGGCUGCUGAGAAGGCAAGAUUACAAGAAAUGGCUUUGGAAGCAAUUUUCAAAAAACACCAGAUCCUAGCGGAAAUUCAUACUUGACAGGUCAGCAGUUGGAAGGAAAUUCAGGGACUGUAACAUCAGGACUGAAUCCUAGGGUUAAUACUUCAAUCAAUUCUCUUUCUAUGGAUCAGGGGAGACAGUUAGGGUUGUGCUACAGGUGUGGUGAAAAAUUCAGUCCAAGACACCAGUGCAAAAGACAAUUACUGUAUAUGGAAGGAUUGGAUGAAGGGGUAGUAGAAGAAGGGAAAGAUGUUGCAGGGAUUGGAUGAAGUGAGGCCAGAUGCUAAGAUUUCUUGGGGACAAGAAAUCUUCUAAGGGGGAGGGAAUGUCAUGACCAGGAUCAGCUAGUUAUUUUAUUUUUUUUCAGGUUAUGUUAUUUUGCAAAAGGAGUUAGUUAUUAUUUUUAUUUUCAGAUUAUUGUCGGUUAUGGAGUGAUUUAGGAGCAGUUAUUGUAGUGGAGUGGUAACUGUUUUGUAAAAUCUGUUGGAUGGCUUUAUAUAUAAAGCUAUAUCCCCAUUGCCGAGGGAAACAAAUGAUCAGAAACUCAAAGUUCUUCCUUUUCUCUACAUUUCUCCCUUACUUUCUCUCGGUUUCUCCCUGUUUUCCCUUCAUUUCUCUCCAUCUCUCCCUCAUUCUGUUUGUUUCUCCCUCAUUUCUAUCUCUAUUUCGCCUACUUUUUCAAUUAUAUCUUAGAAGUAAACCUAGUCAGGAUCUUUAGAAUUUCAUUUUUCCUCCUGCAUUUCAUAUUGGUCCCUUCAAAACAAAAAGGUUUCAGUCAUUUUGACCAAAAAGACACAAGAUUUAGUUCCUUGUAUUGUGGCCAAUUUAUAGGGGGAGGCAAUUGCUAUCAUCCAUAAAUGGUAUGGCAGGAUUGUUUUCUCUAGACAUCAAAAUACAAAAUCAUUAGGUUUGUACAUUCUUCUCCAUUUUGGCUUCCAGCAUGUAGAAGGGCCUAUUUUGCUUCGUUAAACAUGUGGCUGUAGAUAGCCUAAGCUGAUUAAAGUCCUGGAGAAUAGUGGCUCAAAUACUUGAAAUAGGGGCAUGUCCCUUGAUUUAUUCCUUGAUCACAAAUGUAGCUACUUCUUUGAGACAAAUACUGCCUUACCUUACUCAUUAUUUUUAUGACAAGGGAGAGUCCUUGUGAACAGCCUUUGUUGAUGGACCAACUGGUUGUACCAGGUGGAUAGGUCUGCUGAGGGGGGAGAGUUCUUGUUGUAAGGAGGUACACCUUGUGACAUUCCCACAUCCUUGACAAGCUGCUCUUUCCUUGCGGGUUCUUGCACAUCCAUAGGUAUUUUCGCUGGAAAACCUGUAGUUAAUGAGGUAGACCAUGUUUUGUGCUUACACUCAAAUCUUGACAAGGUGCCCUUGACAGAAGCAAGAGAUUUGUCAAUGUUCCUUUGACUUUCUCUAAUAAGGUAAAACUUAAAAAAUUCCAACCUUGAGAAGAAAUUAGUGUGGAAUUUCUAAUCCACAUCCUCCAAACAAGAUAAGAAACUUGGAGCCAAGUUAGCAUAUUGUGUAUGCUACCUUGAGGAGGCCUAGAAAAUUGUGAAGUUGAAGGCUUUGAUCAACAUUGUAAGGUGAGAGUGUUCUGAAAAAUCAAAUGAUGUGUUACUUGGGAUUAUCCCCUUUUCCAUCAAACCUAUUAAUUUAGGAUCACUUGAUGUUUGAGGCAGGGCAGCUUGGCUAUAUUUUCCUUUCAAGGUGAGGAAAUUGAAGAUCUAGUAAACUGAUUUAGAGCAAUCUUGAGCUAGGAUUGCUUGGCUAUAUUUUCAAGUUGAGGGAAUUGAAGAUCUAGUAAACUGAUUUAGAGCAAUCUUGAGCUAGGAUUGCUUGAAUUUGCUCUUGCAUUUGAGAUGUGGUAACAUGGCACUCCAUUAAGAUCACAUUGGAGUAGAGGAGAACCACUAGGGCCACUCCAACUGUUGGAACUGGGGAAUAAGGAAAAAAUGGUGUCAGGGCCCAUUAGCAAAGAGAAGGCUUCACCCAAAGGGAAGGUGUCAAUCUCUAAACCAUCUUUUGUUGGAGAGGGUUGUUAUAAUUAUUUGUCAGGAUAGAUGUUUUGCAAUUGGUUAUUGGAAUUGGUGUCCUUUUUAGUCUUGUAGAGUGAGGUUAUCACUUCCAUAAUCUUUUGCUGCAUCUGCUGCGUGCUUGUGAUUUUGUGAGAGGACGAAUUGGUUUGGCUUCAAUUUCGAUGGCAGCUAGAACAAGGUAGUUUUGAUCUUCCUUGGUGGUGAACUCUUAGGCCAUGUUUGUUUGGGGACAGAAGAGCACAGGAUUAGACCAGCAAUCUCAUGGGUCCCUUCCCCCAUGUUUAUAUGGAGCAAAUUUGAGAUCACAUUACCCCAAGGGGUGGGUUUAGUAAUCACUCUUAUGGGAUUGAGUCCAGAUGAUCCUUUUGCUCUCCCUUCAAUUAUUUUAGCAUAUGCAAAUAGAUAUUGUAGAUAUAUUAUAAUAACUAAAUUUGAUAAAAAUAUAUCUAUUUAUCAUCUAAUUUAUCACUACAUUCAUAUUCUUUCAUGCAGUGAUCUUUUAUUUAUAAUUGAUCUAACAUGUUAUACUAUAAAAUAAACUUUAAAGUGCAGAAAUGAAAUUAAUCAUACAAUUUUAGAAAUAUAUUAUUCGUUUUAUAAUACAGAUAGUUCUAUAACUACAUUAGUAUUUUAAAAUAAAUAUAUUAAUCUGUUUUAUAUGAUAUUACUUGUCACCUAGGAUGUAAUUUUAAUAUUCAAUUAUUCCAUCUAUUAUUUCUUAUCGCGUGUUAAUAAAUGAAGUAUUUCUCGAGACUUCUUCAAUGGGACGUGUAAUUUCAUCAGUUUUGCAUUGGGGAUGUCAGGGGGGGGGUUAUUGUGUCUGGUACCAACCAUCUGUUUCAUUGAUCCCAUGGAAAAGGAGGAGAGCCUAGAAUGAAUGGGAUGUUGUUCAUGAUCCUUUGCCUUUCUAAUAUAUAUAAUGUGUAAUAUUAAAAUGUGGACAUAUGUUAUUUUGUUUACUUAUUGGGUGGUGGGGUGACGCAGGAAGCCUCUGCCAAUGGAGUCUUGAGGAAUAACAAUAAAUAGAGAGCUGGCUGUGCUGUGGCUCACUUCAUGAUGUGUGGUUCUUCUGGGCUUGGCCAAGACCAAGACCAAGACCAAGCAAGAUACACCUUAUCUUUUCUUUUACCGUGUGAGUUUUGCACAAUCUUUUGACCAACUCUUUUCAACAAGUUUCCUUUGUGGACUUUCACUUUGACAUAGACUUUCUGAUUGGCUGGCUA